AUGCCUUCGCAAAGAGUCCCGGUGUUCCUCGGUGAGCAGAUCGCGAUGUGCCCGGGAACAUACUGGUGCGCCAAAGAGCAAGAGCUUUGUACUUGCACCGGUGAGAUCAUUUAUAGUCCGAAGCUGUUCGACGGCUACACCUACACUAGCACUGCAGGAGAGGCUUAUAAGGUACGCUCCGAAGGCACUUGGAAAUGUGGCACAGACCAGCAGGGCCAAGAGUAUGCAGACCCCGCACCUGGGGAAGUGAAGCAUUGCUGGUGCACUCCAAAGGAGAUUCAAGAAAUGUUGCAACCUUUUGGAGCUGACAAUCUACACAAGGAGGAAUGUGCAGAAGCGUCACACUCUGACUAUCAAGCAGUUCGCCGACUCGGCCAACGGGUGCAGCUCACUCCAAGCAAGCAGUUUGCAUUUGAAGAAGAAGGCCGUCAGAUCAGUUGGAGUCAGAAUGCUAGUGAAAAGGCGCGGCAAUUGACAUCAGACGACACCAGCUAUCGAUAUUCGCCCUGGGCUUUGGUCACCAUUGAUGAGUUCAACGAAUUCGAGCCGAGUUCGAGCAGUUCAAAGCCCAUCACGUGUGCCUAUGAAUUUGGCGUGCCAGAAGCCUCAGGUGAGCUUUACCAGAGUAGCGGAGCAUACCAGCCUGAACUGUGGGAGGCGGAAGCAGUGGCCAAAGAAUGGGGCAGGGAGCCUGUGCGACCUUGCUGGGUCCGGACGCAAGCCGCAUCCGCUGCGGCUGGGGAGUAUUGCGCCACAGCCUUGAAAAUGCCAGGAACUCUCGCGAAAACGGCAGCGUCGAUGAUGAAGUCCGCGCGGGUCUGGUUUUGGUCCUUUUUCAGCGGCAGCUGCUUGCUCGUGGCCCUCCUGACGUGGUUGUGUUGGCCUAUGAUCAAGGAGGCAUGUGAGUCUAUGCGUAGUGGAUGCCUCGACUGUGUCCAUUUCUUUUCGCCGGCGGAGACUGAGAACUUGAUCCCGAACUAA